AUGAACCUCGCCAGCGCCCUCACCGACGGUUUUGCCGAGCGCUCCAACCUCGACCAGGACACCAUCAACCUCGGGAACCAGCUCCUAUUCCUGGACACUGUCGUGUUGGAAAUCCCAAGUAACAUGAUACUCCAAAAGCUCGGCCCCAGAAAGUGGAUCUCCUCCCAAAUCCUCUUCUUCGGCCUAGUUGGAACCCUGCAAAUCCUCAUCACCAACCGAGCGGACUAUCUUGCCUCUAGGCUAUGUCUGGGUCUUGCCGAGUCGGGAUAUAUCCCGAGAAGUAUCAACACCAUCUCUACUUGGUACACCUCCCGCAAAUGCACACGUCGAGUAGCCGUCUUUUUUAUUGGCAUGUUUGGCGAGAAUGCUCUCUCCCCUCUAUUGGCGUCUGGGAUUUUGAAGCUGAGUGGUCGUCAUGGGUUGAGAGAUUGGCAGUGGCUUUUCUUGCUGGAGGGGCUGUUUAGUUUUUGUGUGAGAGGGUUGUUCUUUUUCUUGUUGCCUGGGUCACCUGGGGAGACGAAGCCGUUGGUUGGGAGGGGGGUCUGGUGGUAUUUAGUGAGAAAGAUCGGGAAAUCCUGCAGGGCAGCUGUGGUGUGGAAGACGGUGAAGCAUUGGAGGUGGCCGCAUUUCGUGUCGACGUUUUGUAUCUUUUCGACUUGGUCACCGUUGACGACGUGUACGCCGUCUAUUAUCAUGAUAACUGCCAACACCCUCGCCGCCGUCGGGGCUUCCCCAGCUCCUCUAUUAGCAUUUACACUGGCCGCCAUUAGCGACGCAACCAACAAGCGAGGGCUGACUGUCGUUGCUGGUUAG